AUAUCCGCUGAGAGUCUCCACACAUCUCAAACUUUUCUUCUCUCAGAGAGACGAUGACAGCGCAAGCACUUUCAGCGGCUCUGUCGAGGGUUCCCGAUCCCAAGACACCGUCGAGAAGCUCGAUCUGAAACACCGGAGACUGGAUCCGCUUGUUACCGAGACGCAGGAGAGACUCGUCUGGAGGCAGAAUGCGGGCGCUGUUCGUGGUGCUGAAACCGCUGUGUUUACUCGCUCUGCUCGGCUACUGCCCUUCCGCGACCAUCAGACCAAAGGAAGGCUGGCAGGUGUACAGUUCUGCGCAGGAUGCCGACGGCCGCUGCAUCUGUACGGUGGUGGCACCAGAACAGAGCUUGUGCUCCAGAGAUGCAAAGAGCAGACAGCUCCGCCAGUUACUGGAGAAGAUUCAGAACAUGUCGCAAUCAAUCGAAGUGCUGAACCUGAGGACCCAGAGGGAUUUCCAGUAUGUCAUGAAAAUGGAGAGCCAGAUGAAAGGACUCCGAUCAAAGUUCAGACAAAUCGAGUCGAACCGAAGAACGUUAUUGACUAAAAACUUUCAGGAGCUGAAGGGGAAGAUGAAUGAACUGCAGCCGCUGAUUCCAGUGCUGGAGCAGUAUAAGACUGAUGCCAUGCUCAUUUCCCAGUUCAAGCUGGAGAUCAGGAACCUGUCUGUGGUGCUGACUGCUAUCCAGGAGGAGAUAGGAGCGUAUGAUUAUGAGGAACUCCAGCAGAGGGUCCUUGGCUUGGAGGGAAGACUGAGGAACUGCAUGAACAAGCUCACCUGUGGUAAGUUGAUGAAAAUCACAGGACCCAUCACCGUAAAGACAUCGGGAACGAGGUUUGGAGCAUGGAUGACAGACCCUCAGGCUUCACCUAAGAACAACAAGGUUUGGUACAUGGACAGCUAUACAAACAACAAGAUAGUCAGGGAGUACAAAUCGGUGGGCGACUUCGUAGCUGGGAUUGAGUCAAGAACCUACAACCUUCCGUUCCACUGGGCCGGCACCAAUCAUGUGGUCUUCAACGGCUCCCUUUACUACAACAAGUACCAGAGCAACAUCAUCGUCAGAUACCACUUCGAAAGUGGCCGGGUCACGACCCAACGAGCACUUGAGUCUGCUGGCUUCCACAACGUCUACCCGUACACCUGGGGCGGCUUCUCCGACAUCGACAUGAUGGCAGACGAGCUUGGUUUAUGGGCCAUCUACGCCACCAAUCAGAAUGCAGGGAAUAUAGUGAUCAGCCGGCUGGAUCCGCUUACCAUUCAGGUGCUGAACUCUUGGAACACUGAAUACUCCAAACGAAACGCAGGUGAGUCCUUCAUGAUAUGCGGCACGCUGUACAUCACCAACUCCCAUCUGACCGGGGCUAAGGUGUAUUACUCUUAUUCCACCAAAACCUCUACCUAUGAGUAUAUGGACAUCCCCAUCCAUAACCAGUACUUUCACAUGUCCAUGCUGGAUUACAACUCCAGGGAUCGUGCACUUUACGGCUGGAACAAUGGCCACCAGGUACUGUUUAACGUCACGCUGUUCCACAUUAUUAAAACUGAUAAUGAAUCCUGAGAGAAUCUUUCUGCUGAUGCCGUUUCUGCAGUUACAUUGAUCUGUAAUCCCCAUUUGGUAUUGCUGUGAAAUAAGGGGUUUUAUAUGUUCUCAGUCAAAAGAUGAGCUUAGUUUGAGGUUCAGUGUCUCUGGUGAUGUCCGUCAGCAUUGCACUCUUCCGUUUGUAAAACAAUCAUGAUGAUUAAGUUCACUUAACUCAGAAAAUGACAUGAAUGAACUUCUAAAGCUCUAUUUAAAUGUUGUUUGUGCAACUUUCAGUGCGUAACAGUGGUAGUCAGGUGUGAUACUCAUUCAACCAACAAUGUAACAAACUAGAAACUUAGAAAUGUUAAGUAAAAGAAAUCUUAUUAUGGACAUUAUAUAUUGAUCUGUCAGAUUGCAUCUCAUAGCGCUUGCCAAGUAUUUAGGGAAGUUAGGACAUAUUUAUAAACUCGUUUUAUGAUUAAAAGGGACUGUUCAUCUAAAAAUAAAAAAUCCUCACCCUCAUGUUGUUCCAAAACUGCAUGAUUUCCUUUCUUCUAUGGAACUCAAAAGAAGACAUUUUGAGAAAUAUAUAUUUACACCAUGGUUGUCCACAAAAUGAAAAUCAAUGGGCUCCAAACUUAUUCUUUUAUGUUUCACAGAAGAAAGUCAUACAGAUUUGGAAUGAGAGAGAGAGAGAGAAUAAUGAGUGUAAUGAUGUGUAAAU